CUCAUACCCUCUCGGCUUGGUCCUCGUCCUGCUGGGCAGGAGGAUCACAUACUGUCCUAGUGCUAAAGCAGAUCAGGUAGACGCACAGGAAGAGGGGAAACAUGUUUUUUAUGACUCAGCUCUGUCUGCUGCUGCUGAGGCCUGGCUUCGCUGCUCUAAUGAGAUCUCCAUUGGACGAAGUAGGUGGAAAGCUGCGGGUGAACAGGAGCACUGUGCAUUUUCAUCACUCCUACCAUCAAGCAGACAUAGUUUCUUAUCAGGGUUCUUCUCCUGAUGCCUCAGAUAGUGGUCGUCUGCGUCGGUCGGCUCUGUUGCCUGAUAUCACCCACCUGGAACUGCUGGUGGUGGUGGGGCCUGAUGUCCAGCAGGCCCACAAGCAGGACACAGAGCGAUACAUCCUCACCAACCUCAACAUUGCCUCAGAGCUGUUGAGAGACAUGACGCUGGGCGCCAACAUGAGGGUGCACCUGGUCCGCAUGAUCAUCCUGUCAGAGCCUGAGCCAGAGAUCCAAAUGUCUACCAACAUCACCUCUUGUCUUAGAAGUGUCUGUGAUUGGGGAAGAAGGAUAAUCCCCUCAAAUGAUACAGACCCACUACACGCUGAUCUUCUCUUGUACAUUACAAGAUAUGACCUGGUUUUGCCUGAUGGGAACAAGCAGGUCAGGGGAGUAGCACAGCUGGGUGGGGCUUGCUCCAGUGAAUGGAGCUGUGUGAUCACAGAGGACACAGGGUUUGACCUGGGGAUCACUAUUGCCCAUGAAAUUGGCCACAGUUUCGGAAUCAACCAUGAUGGAGUAGGAAACGCCUGCAGCAGGAGUGGGUUCAUGAUGGCCUCUGAUGGAGGCUACAACAGUGUGGAUCUGACGUGGUCGCCAUGCAGCAGACAGCAGCUGCUCACAUUCUUCAGUGAAGGGAAAGCUGAAUGUGUAAAAGACCUGCCAGACCUGGAAGGCUCCCUACAGGACUGGAAGCCUGGUUUGUACUAUGGAGUUGAUGACCAGUGUCGAAUAGCUUUUGGAAGCACUGCAAGAGCAUGUUCUUUUACCAAUCCAGACUUGCCAGCCUGUCGUGUUCUGUCCUGUCACAUUAACCCUGAUGAUGACAGCUCCUGUAAACGCCUCCUGGUUCCACUAUUGGAUGGGACAGAGUGUGCACCAAAUCAAUGGUGUUUAAAGGGGCGCUGUGUGUCCCCAGACAAGCUCACCUCCUCUGCGGUGGUGCAUGGCUCGUGGUCUAGCUGGUCUGAUUUCUCCCCCUGCUCACGGACUUGUGGUGGGGGAGUCACUUACCGCACACGCAAGUGCACCAACCCAAGACCUGCUUUUGGAGGGAAUGAUUGUGAGGGUCCAGAUAUCGGAGCUGAACUUUGUCACCAGCAACCAUGUGAGAACACCCAGCUGGAUUUCAUGUCAGAACAAUGUUCCCAAACAGACCUCCAACCUCUCUACCUUUUACCAAACACUGCCUCCUUCUACACCUGGAUCCCUGCUUUAGGCUUUGCACAAGGGGAUGAGCAGUGCAGAUACACGUGCCAGUCGGACAGAGAAAACUUCAUAGUGAGUCGCGGCUCUCAGUUUAUUGAUGGGACUCGCUGUGAGUCAGACAGCCCGCCUCCCUUUGGCUCCACAGCUGCCUGUCUCAGAGGGAAAUGCCAGCUGUUUGGCUGUGAUGGUGUGCUGCACUCGGGGAAAGUGAGGGAUAUGUGUGGGGUGUGUGGUGGAGAUGGAUCAUCCUGCAGUUUGACUUCAGACUCCUACACUGGUGGUCAGGCCAAAGAGUACACCACCUUUCUAACUCUACCAGUGAAUGCCACACAGGUUCAUAUUGUGAACAGGGCACCACUGUUUACUCAUAUGGCUGUAAUGGCCGGGGAUCGGUACAUUGUGUCUGGAAUGGAAAGCAUGGCACUAAAUAUGACCCACCCAUCCCCACUGGAUGAUAAUCGGCUAGAGUACCGUCUCCACUUGACCCUUGACCUUUUGCCUGAGAUGGAAGAGCUGCUUCUGCCUGGACCGAUGCAGCAGGAGAUAAAUAUACAGGUUUAUCGUAAAUAUGGAAAAGCAUAUGGAGAGAAAACAAAUCCAAACAUUAGCUACCAGUUCUAUGUGCCUACCAGAAACGACAUGAAAGACAUCACACAUAAAGGCAAAUGGGUUGUCUUCACAACACCCUGCUCUGUCUCAUGUGGAUCGGGUGUACAGAAGCAUAUACAAGUGUGUGUAGACAGAGACACCAAUGACCAUUUGGAGGAACAUAAUUGUGAUGCAUUUCCCCCAACCGUACCACUUCAAACAAGCUGUCAACUCCCACUCUGUCCCCCUAGAUGGGUCACAGGCGAGUUUGGACCCUGCAGUGCCUCCUGUGGUGGAGGAGAGAGGGUGCGUCCUGUAAAAUGUGUUCAGAAACACGGAGCCGAUGUUGUGAAGGUUCCAGAUUCUGAAUGUCGGCCUGAUUCGGCUCCAAAUGCUGUUGAAAAAUGUAAUCUUCAACUCUGUCCAGCCAGAUGGCGUGUGUCAGAGCCAGGGGAAUGUUCAGCAGUAUGCGGGCCAGGAGAGGCAAAACGCGCUGUGUCAUGUGUCCGGCAAGAGGAAGGUCAGGAUGUUGAAGUGGAUCAAAGCUUCUGUUCAAAUCAAAUAAGACCACCUGAUUCUGUGCCCUGUGUGGUAGAUGUUUGUCCCAUCGGAUGGGAGUCAAAGGGAGAGAACCAGCCUGGUCCAAAGUCUGGUUUGUUGCCACGCUCUAGACAAGCUCCUGUGUAUGUCUGGAGUCCCGUUAUCAGCCAGUGCUCAAAGACCUGUGGUAAUGGAACCCUGCAGGUGUGGUUUUCCUGUGUGGACCACCAGUCCAGACUUGGGGUGCCUGACUUCCACUGCGAUGCUUCUAGCAAACCUGCUCCUCAUUCUGAGACCUGCAGCACAUCCCCCUGUCCUCCCAUGUGGCACUCUAAGCUAGGAGUCUGCAGUGUAACAUGCGGAGGAGGGGUUGCCAACAGGGUGCUGUACUGUGCUAGAGAGACAGAAGGGGAGGAGGAGGUGGUGGAGGAUAUACAGUGCAUUGACUUUCCCAAACCCACAGCAGUGGUGUCCUGUAACACCCACAGCUGCCCAGCCAGGUGGAAGGUCCUGAGCACAUCCCUCUGCUCUGUCUCUUGUGACUUGGGUAUAGCUCAGAGGACUAUGGCCUGUGUCCAGUUCGUCCACAGCAGGGAGAGUGUGGUGCCGGAGGAAACCUGCCAUGCAGCUGUCAAACCGGCCACCACAGUGCCUUGCCUGGUGCAGAUCUGCACCUACAGAUGGGAGGUGAAGCCGUGGAGCCAGUGCUCAGUGCCCUGUGGAUAUGGGAUCCAGUCCAGAGCUGUGUCCUGCAUGGGCCCCUCGAAGACUGAACCCCUCAGCCCUGUGUUUUGUAUGCACUUGCCCAAGGCCCUUACCAUCCAGGGUUGUAACAUGGGUAGCUGUGGACACGUGCCCGCUACCUCAGACCCUACUGAACGUACUGAAGAAAGGGCUAAACUCACAGAAGAGGGACCUCUCCUGUCUCCCACCACAAGCCACGUGGGCCAUCUUCCUCGAAAUCCAACAGAGGCAAUCACAUUCCCACAAAUCACAACAACAGCCACCCCAACACCUAAACCCAGUGCUUGUGGGAAGCUACUCCUGGAACAAUCAGGCACAGUAGACUUGAGAGACGUAACUGGCCGCUGCACAGUAUCCAUAGGUCGACCCUUGGAUGAGGUCAUUCACGUCAAAGUAGAGUCCACCUCUUUGGACUGCAGAAAGAAGGAGUAUGUAGCAUUUUUUGACCGUCUGGCGUUUGUGAGGAGGUGCGAGCAGGUAGCAGGUAGUGAGCUGACCACCAGAACUAAUGUCCUGCUCGUACGUCAGCAUCUGCUCACGCCUGGGAACGGGGUUGUGCUCACCUACAACUCUCAAAAAAACAUGAAGAAGAGUCACCAUCAAGAUUGUGACAUGCAGCUGUUUUCCACCAGUGGUGUCUUCGAGAAUCCGACAACGUCCAACAGAAACCACACCUGUCGAGUCCUCAUCAACGCCCCUCCUUCAGUGAAGAUCAGAAUCCAGGCUCUGCACAUAGGAUUAGUGUUCAAUGCCACCAACUCCCAGUCUACAUACAUUAUGAUCCGGGACAUGGAUGUCCUGAAGACCAACGUGUUUAAAGGCCAUCAGCUGUUUCAGUGGCACUCCUCCGGAAAUAUGGCAGAGAUUGAAUUUCAUGGAGAUUACCUGCAUUCCAAAGGGAGCUUCAGAGCUGAAUAUACCUUUAUACGUCUUUAAUAUUAAAUAUGAACUAUUUUGUGGUGGUUUGAAUGCAAACUUUGGAAGUUUCUUUAGUUGAAACAUACUUGAGGUUUUGUAACAUAAAAUAAAUAUCAUGAAGCCA